UCUGGCAACCCAGUUAGAUUUAGAUAUGGUAGGCGCUGUGUAUGUAUGUGUGUGAGAGAGAUGUGGGGGAAAGCCCCGCCCACCACAACGUCAUUGGUUAACUUCAGCUAAUGAACAGCGGAAUGGCUACAAAGCCGCUGUUACAUUCACACACGGCAGUAGUUGUAAGUCAGCAGACAGGCUGUCGGGGUCUAACACAAAAACACACAAAAACACACAACUCAUUCUUCUUGGUUAAAAAAAAAGCGCUGAGGUUACUCAGGUUUUCAGCAAACCAAUGUCUUUCCAGUGAAUGUGUGCAGUCAAAAUAGAUUUCCGGUCUUAAAAAUAAACUCAUACACAACCCAGUGCUCACAUCAGUGUGUCCAUAUUGUAUCCCGGAAUCAAAAAAAACAAUACUAGACAUGUUCGGUUAUUAAAACGCGUUUCAGUCUGUUGAUCAUCACAGACUUGACACUGCUCGUCCCUCUUUUUUCUUUCUCCUGCGUUAGCGCAUGCGCAUUAACACCCAGACUGUUCCCCCAAGUGUUUGAAACUACCCGGAGGAUCUCCACGCUGGGAUCAAGUAAUGCGACACGGACAUUUCCACUCCUAAAAGGACUGCCAGUUUAAUAUUUCAUUCCGGAUUGUUUGUUUAUCGCGCUGAUUGCUUUGGAUCUAUGUAUUAAGCCUUUACGGUUUUUUUUUCCGGGAUUGAAGUUUAUAUCGGAUGCUUGUAGUAGGGCGGUUGUGCAGUGCGUUGUCCUGAGGAUAAUCUCCUCGCGCGUGUACGAAUGCGUUUCGUGUAGCCGUUUCAUGGACCCUUUCGGAGAAUCUGAAGUGAUCCGUGGGAGAUAAAAAUGUUAAACACGGCCAGCUGGGAUCCUCUGCAGGUUACUAACUAUGUAGCGGAAUAUCUGGACUUGGUCGAAUCGCUGCCGUUCGACCUACAAAGAAACGUGUCUCUGAUGAGAGAGAUCGACUCUAAAUAUCAAGAGAUCCUCAAAGAGCUGGAUGAAGCAUACCAGAAGCACAAGCAGGAGGAGGACCCUGUUCAGAGACGCCGCCUUUUGCAUUGCAUCCAGCGUGCACUGAUCCGCAGCCAGGAAUUGGGAGAUGAGAAGAUUCAGCUUGCUGGGCAGAUGGUGGAGUUGGUGGAGAACCGCAGCCGGCAAGUGGAUGCUUUCGCAGAGCUUCUAGAAGCCCAGCACGAGCCCCAUGACACAGCCUCUGUGACGGCCGUCAUAACCGGCAAGAGGCGUGAGGAAGAAAAACGCAGAGAAGAGACCCCAAGUUCGGUCGAAAGAAUGGCAAGUGCCAGCAAGCGCUCCAGGCGGCAGAAAAACAACAGCAACGAGAACCGGGAGAUGAUUCAUAACGACCGUGAUGAAGUGACCAGAGAGAAACGGGCCAAGACAUCCAAGAAGAAGAAGAGAUCCAAAGCAAAACAGGAGAGGGAGGCUUCACCAGCUGACUUGCCCAUCGAUCCCAAUGAGCCCACGUAUUGUCUGUGCGAGCAGGUUUCCUACGGGGAGAUGAUCGGCUGUGACAACGAUGAGUGUCCCAUUGAGUGGUUCCAUUUUUCCUGUGUUGGUCUCAAUCAUAAGCCCAAGGGCAAGUGGUAUUGCCCAAAGUGUAGGGGGGACACAGAAAAAACCAUGGACAAAGCUUUGGAAAAAUCCAAAAAGGAGAGGGUAUAUAACAGGUAGCCAUGUACCUGUUGAACUGUAUAUCACAAACUGUGUUGAACUGUCAACGUUUCUAUUUAUUUUUUAUAUUUGUUUAAUGCUAGGAAGAAGUUCUUUGUCAAUUUGUCACCUCACUCUACAUUUUAGAAUAAUUUACUACCAAACAGCACUAAAAGGACUUAAACUCGAACCUCUUGAGUUUAAGUUUGCUUAAUGUGGGAGUAAUGUUCUCAGAAGUAUUUGACCUUUAUUUGUUUUGUUGUUACUUGAACAGUAUGAGUGAAAGAUGUAUUUUAUGAAGGUGCUCACAGCAUGUGGUUAUGAUGUGCUAAGUGUUUAAGUAGAAAUGUCCUAAUUGGUAAUAAAUGAUGUAUAAAAGUC